AUGACAACCGACAAACCAAAACCAACCGCAAAACCACAACCUCCAGAACCACGAAACCACCUCCAUUUCGACCCCUGGCAAUCAGCCUCAACAGGCCACCAACGCGCAACCGAAGGUGGCGGUUUCCUCGGCUCGACAUCAUGGCGAGAUUCACGCUCAGCGAAAUUAACCAGGCAAUAUCAAAACGGGGAUUGUCUUCCAGGACGGGGAUUGGGGGUGGGGAACAAAGCAACACAUGAGUCGACACUCGUUCCCGGUGCCUUCAAUGGAAAAUGUGCAUCACAAUCGCCGCCUAAGAUACCCGCCGGUGAAUGGGCUAUGGUAGCCGGGGAUGUGGCGAAGCGGAAUGAACUCGGUGUUCGGGAUAUUCGGUCGUUUAUGGGUGUUAGCAAGAGGAAGGCUGUUGAUGAGCCUGGGAAGGAUACAAAGGUCGAGACGAAGAAGACUAGGACUGCUGUUGGUGGAGGGGAGCGGGGUUUGAGUCCAGCUCGGAAUCCAACGAAACAGGAUAUGGAAACGGAAAAAGAAAAAGAAAAAGAAAAGUCUCAAUUAGAAGACAAACCCCAACAUGACCCCCGUUCUGGUACCACCCUCGACCUGAAAUCGACUUCGAAUAUCUUCGCCGGUGUUACGAUCUUCAUUAAUGGCUCUACCCUCCCCCGGAUCUCGGAGUACAAACUCAAACAUCUACUCGCUUCAAACGGGGCGAGGACUUCUAUCUACAUGGCCCGGAAGACGGUGACGCAUGUUCUUGUCGGACAACCCAAUACCGGGAGUGGGAGUGGAACAACUGUGUCUGGGGCAGGGGGAGGCCUUGCUGCCAGUAAGCUCCAGCAGGAAAUUUCCCGUGGAGGGUGGAAAAGUGUGAGGGUUGUUAGUGUGGAUUGGGCUCUCGAGAGUAUCAAAGCUGGACGUCGUCUUGCCGAGUCCCGAUUCCCUGGGAUGCAUGUUGCGGCUCAGGGACAGCGGAGUGUUGCUGGGAUAUUUGGUGUGCAGGGGGUGAAGAAGUGA